UUGAAUAUUUAUAUUAUUUUUUGUUGUAAUUAAUUGAUUAUUUAUAAUGUACAAUAGGUAAAUGUGAGGGCAACCUUGGAAUUUUAAAAGUUAAUGAGGGUAUACGAGUAAAAUCCUAUCAUGAAUUUAUGUCAUGUUACAAAUUCCACAUCAAUAUGUGGGAUUUACAAGUCCGUGGGAUCCACGGAUUUGGACCCUUAAAAUCCGUGAGUCCCACGGAUUUGAUCCCAAUAAAAAAAUGCAAGCAAACGAUGGAUUUUUCUUAAAUCCAUGAUGGAAUGAAUUUGGUUACCAAAUCCACGAAGCAAACAACCCCUUACAUUUGUUGAUUACUGGUAUCGUAUUGCAACCGGCCAACGGACCGGAGUACAAUAUAGUACUAGAAAUGUAUGUUUAUGAAGAAAAAAAUACUAAAAUGGUACGUUGGUUAAUUUACAAUAAUAAAAGAGUACGAAAUGCUAUUAAUCAAUAAUUUUCGAAACAAGAAAGAAACGAAUGGGCCAAGUUGUGAUGCGGGCUUACAUCUCGGUCCAGCCCAUCUGCCCACGAGAAGUUUCUUUUUUUUUUUUUGUAUUUUGAUCGGCCGAUCUCGUCCAGAUAAGGUCAAUUUUUUUAAUAUUUUUGUGAGUUGAUAGCCGGAUUUGUAAAUUGUAAGCUAACCUUAUUUAAAGAGCCACCUGUGAUCUCCCCAUCGUCGCCACCAAAGCUUCAUCCCCCUGCUGCACCAUUUCCCCUGCUUCCGACACCUGGUUCUCUCCCUGAAUUUCGCUCUCUGCUCUCUCCCCACGGAAAAAAUUAAGCGGUUCCUGUAUUUAUUCAGACAGCGGGAAUUCGUAGCGGCGAGAUGGGAUCGCUGUUGAGCUCGAGCAAGAAGACUGACCAAGAAAUGGAAGCCGCCCUUAACAAAGCCAAGGAGAUCGCCACCUCUGCCCCUGUCGUUGUAUUCAGCAAAACUUACUGCGGAUACUGCACGAGGGUGAAGAAGCUGCUGACCCAGCUCGGAGCUGCUUUCAAAGUCAUCGAAUUGGACCAAGAAAGCGAUGGAGUCGAGAUUCAGGGAGCCUUAUUGAAAUGGACUGGACAGAGGACUGUGCCUAAUGUGUUCAUCGGAGGAAAGCAUAUUGGUGGCUGCGACGCUACCUUGGCAAAGCACGAAAAUGGGGAGCUGCUGCCUCUUAUCAACGAAGUCGGCGCCAUAAGCAACAACUCUGCUCAACUUUGAUUGCGACAAUGGAUGGAAACUGCAGCAGGAGAAACUCUGUUUGUUCCGUGCUUGCCAAGUGGCACACGUAUGUUAAGCGUUGUAGUUUUUCUGUAU